AAGAAAAAAAACCAGAGAGAUAGAAGCAGAGUUCAGUCAGUUAAGAAUGACUUCCAGGCAAGUUCAACUGAAAAUGCAAUUUCAAAGUACCAGAAAAGGGGAUCUCGAAACAAUCGAAUCCUAUGUGAAUAAAUUGAAAUCCAUAGCCAAUUCUCUAGCAGAAAUCGACAGUCCGAUCUCAGAUUUAGACAUGGUGUUGCAACUUCUUGCUGGUUUGCCUAUUGAAUACUUGCCCCUCAAAAACACAAUAUCAUCAAAGUGGCCUCUACCCACUUUUCAAGACGCUUGUUCCAUGGUCUACAUGCAAGAGGACAUAUUAUUACAGGAUCAUGAGCAAUCGUCUGGUUUUUGUACCAAAGAUACGUUCUAUACUGUAGUGGAUACAGUGGGUGUUGUUGUUGGUGCAGUUGGUGCAGUAGGUACUAUCUGCGCUGGAGUUGGUGCAUUGGGUACUGCCGCUGGUGCAGUUAUUACUGUGAAUGCAUCCAGGAUAAUUGUAGGUAGUGCAAUAACUGCCGUGGCUGGCUGGAAAAUUUGGCAACGCAAGUAAUUGAUUUCUUGUACGGUCACUUGUUGAAUUGCUACUUCUGUUUAAAGUUUGUCUUGAGUGUAGCUGAAGUUCUACCCAAACUUUCCUUAUGUUUUGUAAUAUUUUGAUUUUCCUUUCGAGGUGUGUAUGGUAUGGAGGUACGUACAUCUUUUGGUAAGUGAUCAACUACUCUCAAUCAAACUUCCAUUUACAUGUAUUCAUACAAACAUAGGUAAGAAGUGUAAAUAAUAAUGCAAUUGUGUUGAUGUUGUCAUUGAAAUCAAGAGAAAAUUAUC